AUGACAAAUUUCACAAUUGAUUUAGUUAAUAAAAUUGAAGAAUAUAUUGGAGAUUUCAAAAAAAAAUUUGAAGAUCAAGUUAAUGAUAUCACUUUUUCUACUCUAAAUGAUCAAAAAAAAGCCUUUGAGUGUUGUUCUAAUUGUAUUUCAAAGUAUAUUAAAAAUUCAAACAAAAAAAAAUCAUUAGAAGACAUCCAAGAUUGCAUAAGGAAAUGCCAGGACCCUAUUGAAACUUUCCAAAAUAAGGUUAAUAGUGAAUUAAAUAUUAUUAAUGAAAAAGUGAUUAAUUGCCAACAACAAUGUUUUAAUAAAUUUGAAAAUUUGUUUAAGAAACCCAAAGAUCUUUUAAAUAAUUUAAAUAAAGAUCAUGAUUUGAUUAAAUGCUAUGUACAAUGCUUCACAGACAAUUAUCCAACAUUAACAGAAACUAAAAAUCAGCUUAUUAACAGAAAGUAA